AUGCCAAAAAAACAAAAAUCUUCUCCACCAGCAACACAAACUUCCGAAGUUAUUGAAGAAAAGGAAGUAACAUUAACUGCUGAUGAGUCAAAAGUAACAAAGGAGGAUAAAGAAAAUUUGGAAAUAACAGAAGAAUAUACAAUUAAUUAUUUAUCACUUGUUGAUCGAUAUAUGAAUAUUUAUAAAAAUGAUUUGAUACCAAAUAUUAAAAGUGGAUUUUUUGGUUUGUCUACAACCAGAUUGAAUAUGGGUGCUGAAUAUUUAGGAAUCGAGCAUAUUCCUAAUGAAGAUAUAUUAAAAUCAAAAAUUCAUUUGGAUUCACAAUCAUUGGAAAUUAUAGAUUUUGAUAAUGUUGCCAGCCAUUUUGAUAAAUCAUUAAAAGAAGAGGAUGAAGAAGAAAAUGGAAAAUCCAAACUCAGGAAUAGAAAAUCGAAAAAAGAAACAGAGGAAACUGAGGAAUCAAAUGGCUCCAAAUUGGAAGCUGACUAUGAAGAAAAUUUAAAAAAGAAGAAUCCUAUUUAUUGGUAUGGAACCAUUCAACUUUCAGAAGAUUUAGUUCAAGCUCAAUCAUAUUUUGUAAAUGCUCUCAAAUCUGCUCUAGAAUUAGGGAAAAUUGUAAAGGAGUUGAAUGAAUUGGAAGCAAAGAAAACUACCAUGUAA